AUGCACAAGAACAACCCACUUAGAGGAACAGAGAGUUUUGUUGUUAUACAAAUAAGAGGAGCUACUGAAGAAGCAUCGUUUGAACAAACCCCUCAACCUCGUCCCAAGUUCAACCUCUCUGCCAUGAAGCUCUUUCAACGAUUCCGCAAGAUCUUCAUGCGCCUUGUUUUCUCGGUGCCUUCUCGUCGCUCCCAGGAUUCAAAGCACAAAGUUUCCGACCGGUUCGAACCGCCCAAGACUUCAUGCAGUUCGUACUAUUCCUCUUACUCGCAUUACAACGAGGCCAUUGCGGAUUGCAUCGAGUUUUUCAACAAGUCAGCACAAGAUGGCGUUUUGGACGGUCGAAAAUCUGAUGCUGUCUGA